AAAACAAAAAACAAAAACCCUAAAAAUAAAACGUUAAAAAAACACAAAUUUCCUUUUGCGUUUGUCGCAUCGCAAUUCCGCUCCAACAAAACAAACACUCCCCAAUUCCCAUAAUCAUAUUCUUAUAUCCUCUCCCGACUCCAGAACCUUCCACUCUCAAAAUCGCGCUUCACUCUUUCAAAAUUAACCUAACUAACGUUCUUCUUCUUUUUUCUUUCUUAAAUUUAUUUAUUUUUAAAACAAUUCUCUUUUGGCGUUUCGAUGGGAGCGGUGACGUCGUCGAUGGCGGCGAAGUUCGCGUUUUUUCCGCCUGAUCCGCCGUCGUACACGGUGGCGGAGGAGGCGGAGGGGAGGGCGCGGAUGGCGGAGGUGGCUCUGAGGGAGAACGUGGACGUAUUGAAGGUGAGAACGGAGAGGGGGAACAUCGUUGUGGCGAUGUACAUAAAGAACCCAACGGCGUCGUUGACUUUGCUUUACUCGCACGGAAACGCCGCUGAUCUGGGUCAGAUGUACGAGUUGUUCAGCGAACUCAGUAUCCACCUCCGAAUUAACCUCAUGGGUUAUGACUAUUCUGGAUAUGGGCAGUCGUCUGGGAAGCCUAGUGAGCAGAACACUUAUGCAGAUAUAGAAGCUGUUUAUAAAUGCCUGCAGGAGAAGUAUGGGGCGAAAGAGGAAGAUAUUGUUCUGUAUGGGCAAUCUGUUGGUAGCGGACCCACUAUAGAUUUGGCUUCUCGUUUACCAAACCUUAGGGCUGUGAUUCUCCACAGUCCAAUCUUAUCGGGCCUUCGUGUCAUGUAUUCUGUGAAGCGCACAUACUGGUUUGACAUUUAUAAGAACAUUGAUAAAAUCCCCUUAGUGAAUUGUCCUGUUCUUGUGAUUCAUGGAACAGCUGAUGAUGUAGUGGAUUGCUCCCAUGGGAAGCAACUUUGGGAAAAUUGUAAACAAAAGUACGAGCCCUUAUGGAUUAAAGGAGGAAAUCACUGUGAUUUGGAGCUUUACCCUCAAUAUAUAAAGCACCUCAAGAAAUUCAUCACAGUCAUUGAGAAGUCACCGCAUCAAAAAACUGGAUCUGAUCUUAUUCCGGAUCAACUUGACAAACCUAGGAACAGCAUAGACUUUCGAGAGAAAUCCAGACUCAGCAUGGAUCAAAAGGAGAAUUUGAAGAGUAUUGAUCAGAAAGAAAAGCCUAGUGCAAGCACAGACCGUAAAGAGAAGUCAAGAGCCAGCGUAGACAGGAGAGAUAAAUCAAGAAACAGUAUAGAUCACCCUGAGAAGUCAUUUAAUGGAUCAGAUAUACCCGAAAAAGCUAGAAAUAGCAUUGACCGUUUUGGGGAGAUGGUGAGAUCGGUUGGAUUAUGCAAUAUUGAUUGUUUCAGGCCCACAGCGACUCAUGCAUAAUGAAGAUGGUGGAGCGUAUAUGCAGAGCUUGUAUUUUUCUCAUUAAUUAUUUGAUUGGCUGCCUUUGCCAUGGCCUGCGUCAUGCCAUGGCCUUGGAAUGAGGUAGCCUACCCUGGCCUUUAACCUUUUUUGAUUCCCCCAAUAUAUAUAUAUGAUCGGUUGGUGGGGUGUCUGGGGUUAGGUAAAUGUUUCAUUGUACCCGAUUUGUUUUCUAAAGAAAUAGAUAGGAAAGUAAUUUAACCAUGUUAGAUCAUGUACCGCUAAAAUCACCCUCGAGUUCAAGUUAAUAAUCUAAGUCUUUCUGGACAUGCUAACAUAGAUGCCUUGAGUUUGAUUCUAUUCUUCGGGUAUGGACGUAUGAACAUGUAAUUUGCUCUACAGCAGUAAUAGUUUUUUUUUUUUUUUUU